UAGCGAGUCCGCAGCAGCACAUGAGCUCAUGUGCACACAGCUCUCGACUGGUGCGCGGUCUCUGGAUAUCUUCGACUCUCCUCUUCGAACAGCGAGGCUCUUCAUCCUUGGAGUACCAGCUCUCCGCAGCAACCCGAGACGAUGGGGGACACGCAGUCUGCACCGCGGGACGCUGAGCAGGAUGCUGAGAGAGAUACGGAUAGUGGUCGGGCUCAGGAUAGCGGAGACUGCAACGUGGAAGACAAGCUUCCCGAAAAUGAUACACAGAUCUCCGGUCUGCAUGGGAAAUCAGAUGGCCCACUAGCAGAACUAAACGAUCACCUCGAAGAUGAGUUCAAUGAUGACCUCUGUGACACAGAAUCACCCCUGGUUUCUGCAAGAGAAGAUGUUUCCGAUACAUUUGCGACGGUGGACGACAAGGAAGCACUGUUAGAGGACGUGGAGAUCAACAAUGUGACAGAUUCUGAUCCCGAAGCCGAUGAGGCAUCGCUAAACGAUCAAGAGGAUAAGAUGAACGAAAUCAAUAAAGGCUUCAGGAGAUUCUUCAGCAACAUCAGUCUGAAAUUAACCCUCAAGCAGGGCCCAGAUGAUAAACCAGCUGAGAUAGCUUCUGAUGUUCUCCCCAACCAAGAGGUGGCGCCGUGCAUCCCGGGGGACACCUGCGAAGGGGCAAACGAAAGCACGAGCGAGACUUGCGAGAACAAUGGCGAUCCUCACACGGCACAGGACUCGGCUGACAAUGAAUCCACGACCUGCCCCACGGUGACGGACAUGACAUCUGAGGAGAACAUCCAGGAGGACGUUGAACACAAAACCCCCGCGGCAACGGAGGUGGAUCAGGAAGCUACAGAAGGGAUUUUGGCCCAAGCCGACACAGAGGGUGUCAGGUCAGAAGUAGAGCCUGGAGGAUCAUGUCCACAGGACUCUGCUGAAGAGGAGGUGCUGUCUCCCAUUAAGGUAUUCUUUACAACAGGAAUCUUUUCUAGUCUACGGAAAAAGAAGAAACCAGCCGAAGAGGAAAGCCUAAAAAUCAAGACGAAUCAGAAAGAAUCGGUAGACAUGGAUAGAGAGGAACAGGGCGGGAUAGAAGGAAUUGGAAAAGACUUGGCACAACAUGAGCUUUUCCCGAAGGCUGAAAUAGCUGUGGUUGAGGAAAAGCAGAAAACAAAAAAUGGAAAUGAGGAGGUCAUGCGCGAAUCAGCCCCGACAAAUAAUGAUCAUGGAACUGGAGAAAACCUUGUUAAUGCCAAUGAUGAACUGCUCAGUUCUGAAGAGAAGGUCAAAUUUCCAAGUAGCUCACUACAACGUCUGCUUUCUGGGGCUAACUUGAAGAAGGUUUCCACAAAGCAACAAGGGAGGAAGAAAUCAUCAGACUCCGUUGAGCGCGUUACCUGCCCUUUGCAAUCGUCAGUAGAGUCAUCCGAGAGUACAACAGACGAAAGCCCAAAAGUGGCUCCAGAAGAGGUGAAAAAGUUGGAGGAAAGUGCCUGGGAGACGUUGAAAAGACUUCUUACUCCUAAGAAGUUCCAGAAAAACUCCACUCUGAGUAACGAGGAGGUCAUUGUAUCAAGCAAACCGGAGGAACCAAAGCUAAGUGAGGGAGAAGAAAUAGAAGAUGGGAACACAGAGGAAAGCAGGAAGAGGAAAGAUUCAAUUGUUUCAUGGGACUCACUCUUGUGUGGUUCUGGAAACAGAAGGAGCAGAAAAAGUUCAAGUGCUGAUGAACAGAAAGCUAGAACUGAGGGAGAUGAUAACAGAGCAGCAGCUGAAUCAAGACAUGCUACAGACCUGGACAGUUCACAUGAGAUGGAGGAUAACCUAGCCUCUUCCCCAGAGCAUGGAAGAAGUCCCUCAGACGACGAAGGGUCAACAUGGAAAUCAUUAAAACGUCUGGUCACACCAAAACGGAAAUCUAGAGAUGGAGAGGAAACCAAGGAGCACACCUCAGAUAGUGAAAUCAUCCAGGACGAAUCAUCCUUUUCAUUAAAGAAAUUUCUCCCUGGACGAAGGAAGAGGAGACCAUAUGAAAAGCAAGAGGAAGUACCUUCCGAUAAGCCUGAAAGAGAAGAACAUUCAGACGAGGAAGACUCAGAUACACCUGCAAUUAUUCCUUUGUCCGAAUUUGACAUACCUGUAACAGAGAGUCAAGGAAAAAUACAGGCAAUGCUAGAAAGUCAAACAGCUGAAGCUGAAGCCCCAAAAGAACAAGAGGAGCUCACUGGUCAGACAACAGAUGCAGUAGUUAUGUGUGACAGCACACCAGCCUUGCCUAAAGGGACUAAGGACACUGAAAAUGCUUUAGAAAAACUGACAUCUACAACCCCUGCUUCCAUGGAAGAAGUGGAAGAUCUGUCAGAGAUUGUCAGUAAGCUUCAACUGCUCAGUGACAUCCCGGAGGAAGGUCUAAUCGAGGAGAGCAUAGCCACGCCUGCCUCAUUUGCUGACGAUGCAGCAAGAGACGACACAAUUGCAGAUGUAAUAGAGUUCGCAUCUGAGGCUGUUACUGCACCAGAGCCCAUAGAUAUAACAGUAGAAGAUGAAACAGAGAUGGUUUCAGCAGUAUCCCAGUUGACAGACUCUUCAAAAACAUCUGGCAACACAACACCAGUGCCAGCGGACUAUGACGUCAAAGAAACAGACAACCUCCUCCGUCAAGUUGUGGAAUCCAUUUCUGCAACCCAGAAUGACGCCGUAGAGAGCACAAGUGACCAGUAUCCCGAAAGAAUUGCUGGUUCUGUCCCUUCUCACAAAUUGGAGUCAUCAUUCUCAAAAGAACUCACAAUUUUGACAACACACCAAACUUCCAACGCUACUUUGCUAUGUACUGGUUUUACUGUUGAAGCAUUUGAUGCAAUUGACAGAGUUGCAGAGGCAGAGUGCUUUUCAGACAUGACAGAAACAAUUUACACACAGUGUUUAUCUGAAGAUACGACUGAGGAGUUUCAUACUGCUGGGAUGUCUGUUGAUGAAGAACUUAAAAACAUUAAUGAGAGCCAACUGGUGACAUAUUCUUCAUCUGAAGGUAAUAAGGCUAAGACCUCAGCUAUUUUGCCCCCGGCUGAGAAUGUAAAUGUGUCUGAAACUUCAAUAGACGACCACAAGAACGAUAAUGAGCAAGAUCAUGAAAUGGCGCCCCCUGGAAACGACUCAUAUGUUGAGGCCACAAUUCAAGUCCAAAGCGAGGAAAUGGUUGAUGAGUCUGAAACACUUACACUUACUGAUGCGUGUGUGUCUAAUUCAGAAGCUACACCUACCGAUGAAAUUGCUAAAGGAAGUCACAUACUGAGUGGUGAACAGAUUCAAGAUGUCGCUGAGCUUAGUGUUGGGUAUGGGGAACAACAUGGGCUCUUAGUUGUCGAGGUAGGGGUUGCUGAGUUUGGACAUGUGCCAGUGUCAGCACCUAUUGAACCUGAAGAAGUCAUAAUGAAAGCAGACAAGACUAAUAGUCAGCUACACUCAUUUCCAUCUGUGGACGUGGGGCAAGCAGAGCAAGGUGUUCAAGAACUUCAAAGCCAAUCUAUGACUGAAGAUAUUCCAGAACAAGACUCAACUGUACCUGACAGUUCUCCCUCCACUGAAGCAAAAGAACAAAUCGAACACACUCUGCUGGAAACAGAAAUGUAUAUAAAAGAAGACGUCGCCGAGAUUUUACAAGAUGCUCUCUGUGAGGAUGGAGACGAAACCACAGAAGUAACAGGUGAACUGCAUACAGAAAGGUCUGUUGAAGAAAGUGAAGAAAGCAAUGUUCAGGUACUGGAACAUAAGGUGAUAACUGAAGAUAGUCCAGUACUGGAGGAUUUGACCCAGAAACGCCUUGCAACACGAGAACGAGAACCUAAAGAAGUACCACAGCACACUUCAGUUGAAGAAGAUGAAUUGGAAGUAAUGUCUAAUCCCAUGACAUCUGUGAUUCAUAAUGACACCAAUAAUCAGGUAGUUGAAAAACAGGUUAUAACUGAAGACAAUGCAGAGUUCCAAGCAGAAAAUGCCCUUCCUUCAUCAACAAGUGAAGUGGAAAAGAAGGCUGCGGCAGUAUCUGAGCAAGGCUUGGCAGAGAGAGAGCAUAUUUACAGAGCAAAUGACCCUUGUGAAGAACCCAGGGAAGUGUUAGGUCAUGAAGAUGGCCAACCUACUGAAGUGCCAGAUCAAUUGGAAACAUUGACUUCACAAUUUGUGGCCUCUAUAAUUUCUGAUGUGAGUGUUGUUCAAUUACUUGAAAAACAGUUAAUAAGUGAAGACAUUGCAGAGUCCCAAGCAGAAGAGGCCAAGACGAAAGUUGAAAUGGAGGCUACAAUUGUUACUGAGCAAGGUUUUGUAGAGAAAGAGCUUGUUUCUAGAGAGAAGGACCCUUGCGAUGCAACCAGACAAGUUCUAAUUCAAGAAGAUGGCAUACUAACUGAAGUGACUGAUGAAUUAAAAACAUCAGAGUCUGUCCAUUUGGGCACUCUGAACUCUGAAGCCAGAAAUGUUGCGAUCCAUCAACAGCUAAUUACAUCAGAACACAUCAUAGGAUCCCUCACAGAAAAUGCAUGCACCUCGAUUACAGAUGCAGAUGAGAAAGAAAACGCAACGCAGUCAAAGCAAUCAUUGUUGUCUAAAGGGCAUUUAACUGUCGAAAGUGUCGUUAGUGAGGAACUUCUCGCAAUUUCAAUUACAGAUUAUGUCCAGGUCGCUGAUGUUACUAAGGAGUUGAAACCAAUAACAUCUACUCAUGAAGCCUCUGUGGAUUCUAAUACUGCCAUCGUUGAGGUUCUUGAAAAGCAAGUAUCUGAAGACAUCCCAGAACAAGAUAGAGCCUCUGCCUCUGUGACAGAUAAAGUUGAGAAUGAAACAGGGAUAGAGCGAAUUCUUCUGGAAAAACCACCAACAAUGGCUUACGAUGACCCAGACGAAAUUCCCCAACAGAGUGUUGCUAAAGAAGAGGCUGAAGUAGUUAAAGGUUCAACAGAGGUUGAAGCUCCACCUGCUGUUCAAAUUGCCCCUCUGAAUCCACUAUUUAGUAUUGUUGAGGGUAUUGAAAAGCAAGUUACAUCUCAAAACCUAUUAUCUAAUGCAGAAAAUGCCGACCCCGUCAUUACAUUUGAAGAUGAGAAAGCAACUGUAACUCAACCAGAGCAAUCAUUGUUGGAAAAAGAAUUUUCGACUGUAGAAAGCGACCUUAGUGAGGAACCACAGCAAAGUUCAGUUACAGAAGAUUUCCAGGUUGCUGAAUUUACAAAGGAAUUGCAAGCAACAACAUUUGUUUAUUUAGCUUCUGUGGACUCUAAUGCUGGUAUCGUUGAAGUUCAUGAAAAGCAAGGUGUAUCUGAAGACCUCGAGUUCAAUGCAGUUAAUGCCAGCACCCUGAUACAAGUUGAAGAUGAGAAAGAAACUGUAACUCAAUCAGCGAAAUCGCUGUUGUUAAAAGAGCAUGUAAUUGUGGAAAGUGACGUUAGUGAGGAACCGCAGCACAUUUCAGUCACAGAUGAUACCCAGGUCGCAGAAGUCACAAAGGAAUUGGAUCCACCGGCACAUAUUCAUUUAGCUUCUGUUGACUCUAAUGCUGGUAUUGUUGAGGUUCUUGGAAAUAAAGAUCUAUCUGGAGACAUCCUAGUACCCGAAGGACCCUUGGUCUCCAUGACAGCUGAAGUUGAGAAGGAAACUGGGGUACUAACAGAGGAAGCUCAUGUGGUUGAACAGCUUCCAACCAUGGACUAUGACCCCAAUGAAAUUCCCCAACAGAGUGUGGUAAAAGAAGAUGAUGAAGUAGUUAAGGUGUUAAUAGAGUCUGAUGCUCCACCUACUCUUCAUACAGCCCCUCUGAUUUCAGAGUCCAGUGUUGUUCUGAUUAUUGUAGAGCAAGUUACAUUUGAUGACCUAGGAUCUAAUGCAGAGAAUGCCCAACCCGUCAGUACAGUUGAAGAAGAUAAAGAAACUGUAACUCAACCAGAGCGAUGUUUGUUAGAAAAAGAGCUGGUAACUGUAGAAAGUGAUUUUAUUGAGGAAGCACAGCACAUUUCAGUUACAGAUGUUGUUCAAAUCGCUGACAUUACUAAGGAAUUGGAAGCAUCAACAUCUAUUGAUGUAGUUUCUGUGGACUAUAAUGCUGGUAUCGUUGAAGUUCUUGAACAGCGAGGUGUAUCUAAAAAUCUCGAAUCUAAUGCAGAAAAUGCCAGCACCCUGAUACAAGUUGAAGAUGAGAAAGAAACUGUAACUCAAUCAGCGCAAUCACUGUUGGAAAAAGAGCUUGUAAUUGUGGAAAGUGAUCGUAGUGAGGAACCGCAGCACAUUUCAGUCAAAGAUGAUGUCCAGGUUUCUGAAGUCACAAAGGAAUUGGAUCCACAAACACAUAUUAAUUUAGCUUCUGCUGGUAUUGUUGAGGUUCUAGAAAAUCAAGUUCAAUCUGGAGAAAUCCCAGUACAUGAAGGAUCCUCUGUCUCAUUGACCGCUGAAGUUGAGAAUGAAACUGGGGUACUGACAGAGGAAGCUCAAAUGGUUGAACAGCUUCCAACCAUGGAUUAUGACCCUAAUGAAAUUCCCCAACAGAGUGUGGUAAAGGAAAAUAAUGAAGAAGUUCAGGUGUCAACAGAGUUUGAGGUUCCAACUACUCUUCAUCCAGCCCCUCUGAUUUCAGAGUCCAGUAUUGUUGAGAUUUUUGAAGAGCAAGUUACAUUUGAAGACCUAGGAUCUAAUGCAGAGGAUGCCCAACCCAUCAGUUCAGUUGAGGAAGACAAAGAAACUGUAACUCAACCAGAGCGAUGUUUGUUGGAAAAAGAGCUUGUGGUUGUAGAAAGUGAUCUUAUUGUGGAACCACAGCACAUUUCAUUCACAGAUGUUCUUCAGAUCGCUGACAUUACUAAGGAAUUGGAAGCAUCAACAUCUAUUGAUGUAGUUUUUGUGGUAUAUAAUGCUGGUAUCGUUGAGGUUCUUGAACAGCGAGGUGUAUCUAAAAAUCUCGAAUCUAAUGCAGUGAAUGCCAGCACCCUGAUACAAGUUGAAGAUGAGAAAGAAACUGUAACUCAAUCAGCGCAAUCACUGUUGGAAAAAGAGCUUGUAAUUGUGGAAAGUGACCGUAGUGAGGAACCGCAGCACAUUUCAGUAAAAAAUGAUGUCCAGGUUGCUGAAGUCACAAAGGAAUUGGAUCCACAGACGCAUAUUAAUUUAGCUUCUGCUGGUAUUGUUGAGGUUCUUGAAAAUCAAGUUAAAUCUGGAGAAAUCCCAGUACAUGAAGGAUCCUCUCUCUCAGAGACCGCUGAAGUUAAGAAUGAAACUGGGGUACUGACAGAGGAAGCUCUUGUGGUUGAACAGCUUCCAACCAUGGACUAUGACCCUAAUGAAAUUCCCCAACAGAGUGUGGUAAAAGAAAAUGAUGAAGUAGUUCAGGUGUCAACAGAGUUUGAAGCUCCACCUACUCUUCAUCCAGCCCCUCUGAUUUCAGAGGCCAGUAUUGUUCAGAUUUUUGAAGAGCAAGUUACAUUUGAAGACCUAGGAUCUAAUGCAGAGAAUGCCCAGCCCGUCAGUUCAGUUGAGGAAGACAAAGAAACUGUAACUCAACCAGAGCAAUGUUUGUUGGAAAAAGAGCUUGUGGUUGUAGAAAGCGAUCUUAUUGUGGAACCACAGCACAUUUCAUUCACAGAUGUUCUUCAGAUCGCUGACAUUACUAAGGAAUUUGAAGCAUCAACAACUAUUGAUGAAGAUUCUGUGGACUUUAAUGCUGGUAUCGUUGAGGUUCUUGAAAAGCAGGAUAUAUCUGAAGACAUCCUAGUUCACGAUGUAGCCUCAGUGACAGCUGAAAUUGAGAAUGAAACUGAGAUAUUGCAGCAAGCUCUUGUGGUUAAAACGGUUUCAAACUUGGAUUAUGACCCUAAUGAAAUUCCCCAACAGAAUGUGUUAAAAGAUGGUGAAGUAGUUAAGCUGUCAGAGUUUGAAGCUCCAUCUCAUGUACAAAUUACCCCUCUGACUUCGGAUUCCAGUAUUGUUGAGGUUAUUGAAAAGCAAGUUACUGAAGAGCUAGGAUCUGAUGCAGAGAAAGCCAACACCUUGAUUACAGUGGAAAAUGCUAAAGUCAUUUAUUCAGAGCAAUCAUUGUUGGUAAAAGAGCCUGUUUCUAUAGAAAGCAACCUCAAUGAAGAACCACAGCACAUUUCAGUUACAGAUGUCCAGGUCACUGAAGUCACAAAGGAACUGGAAGCAUCGACAUUUGAUCAGGUAGCUUUGCUGGAUUCCAAUGCUGAUAUUGUUGAAAUUCUUGGGGGUGUGGUUGGGGGUAAUGCGCUUCCAACCGGGAACGAUGACCCUCAUGAAAUUCCCCAGCAGAGAGUCGUAGAACAAGAUUGUAAAGUUGUUCAAACUGAGUUUGAAGCUCCACCUACUGUACAAAUAGCCCCUCUGGUUUUGGGGUCCAGUAUGGUUGAGGUUAUUGGAAAGCAAGUUCUAUCUGACAUCCCAGUAACUAAUGGAGAAAAUGCCUCUGCUUCUACAACAGCUGAAGCUGGAGAGGAAGUACUGAUAGCACAAGAGCUCAUUAAGAAAGUGCUCAGAACUGUAGUUGGAGACCCUGAUGAAAUUCCCAGACAGUGUGCUGUCAAAAAUGAACAUGAGUUUGCAGACAUUGCAAAAUUAUUGGAUGGAUCAACAGAAGUUGACAUAGACUCUAUCAACUCAGACACAAGUGUACCCCAAGCGCUUCAGGAACAUGUUCUAUCUGAAGUUAUCCCUACUCCAGACACAGACAAUGCUUCAGUUAACUCUGUAACAGAAGUUGCCGAGAUGUUGGAGGCCCCAACGGCAGUGAAAUUGGUCUUGAUUAACCGGGAGACAAUUCUACCCGAAGUAUUUGAAAAACAACAAGUACAUGACUAUGUGACAUUAGUAGUGACUGAACCUAGCCAUGAAGUGGUCUCUAAUGCAGUAAAUGAUGAGGGUGAUAUUGAUAAACUUGCUGGGGCUGAAGAAAAUGCAGAAAUGGUUGAGGAUGUUGCAGCAAUGCAGGAUGAAGAUGGUGCUGCAAUGCAAGCAUGCGGCGUCGAAACCUCAAUGGAUCAUGACGCCAACAGAGAAACACCAAACAUUAGGGAACCUUUGUUAGAUGUCAUGGCAACUGAAGAAGAGCCCCAGGACACUGUAGAGCAUGUCAGGGUCCUGGAACCAUGUGUGGAGGAGGGCAUGAUAGAGAUGACCAAAAAAAGCAAGGGAGAUGUUGAGGUCAAAUCAGCUGAGGAGAUGGGAGUCACAGAUGCCAAAGAGGGCAUGGACAUUGGCUGUAUAGUUCAAAAUGAGGUACAGAAUGUCUACACCUCCCUGGCGACAGAGGAGGAGAUGCUUGAUAAGAUGGAUAAUGUCACCGCAAAGGAGGUAGAUCAACAGAAAAACCAGACAGAAGUGUCUGACGAAGUGGCAAAGGAGGAGUCUUGUUUGAAGGAAGAGCCUGGGUCUGCAGUACAAGUUAUUGUCACUCCACCAACUGAUGAACGAAAAGGAACAGAAAUUAUCAAAAGUGAACCAACUGAAUUAGAGGCUCAAAAAUUAACAAAAAAGGAGUCUGAUGCAUCGAUCGAAAGAACAGCACCAGAAGUUCUAUCUGAAACUGAAAUUGGAAAUGAACUGGAAACCGCCUCAAAUAUAGUUUUUGCGACUACAGACGAUGUCGCCAUAUAUAAACUCAAACCAGAUCUGGAUGAAACUGAAGUUGAAUUAAAAAAGGAAUCAGACAAGAAUGUCAUAGAAGAGGAUUCAUCCUGUUCCCCAGAGCUAUUAGCUGCAAUUGAAACGAUUGAGGCCAAACAGGCAAUAGUAGUACCUCAAAUAAUAACCUCAUCUGAGAAAGUGCAACCAACUUCUGAAAUGGGGGUGGAAGAAAUUCAGGCAACAGAAAAUGUUGAAUCCAACAUACAAAUGGAGGUAACUGAACUUGAAAAAGAAAAAGAAGAUCCAACUAUUAAAAUUGAAGUGACAGAACUUCAAGGAUUGGAGAAAACAGAACCUAACAUUCAAAAGGAGGUAAAAGAAUUGGGAACCGAACAGAAACGCCAGAUCCAGGUGUCUGAGGUCAAUGUGAAUGUGGCACCCAAAAUACAAAUGGAGGGAACAGAGUUUCCAGCAACCGAGAAACUGGAAUCAACUCUUCAAAUGGAGGGAACAGAACUUCAAGUGACAGAGGAAGCUGAACAAAACAUUAAAAUUGCACUGACCAACAUAAAGGUCACCGUUAAAGUUGUUGUCCAAGCAAUAGAGGCAAUAGAUCUUGAGAAAACUAAAGUUGAUGCACAUCUCAUAGAUGAUUCAUCAUUUUCACCACAGGAAGUAGCUGUGAAGGAAAUUAUGGAUGCAAAACAGGAGCAAACUCACCCUUGUGAGAUGGUUACACCAAGUCAGGAAGGAGAACCAACUAUCAAAAAUGAAGAGGCAACAGAAAUUCAGCUAACAGAGAAAGUAGAACCCAAGAUACAAAUGGAGGCAACGGAACAUCAAGGGAAAAAGAAAGUGGAACCAAACAUUCAAAUAGCGUUCACAGAAAUGAAAGACCCCUUAACACAGCGUGAACGACCUGAGGUUGGUGUCCAAGCAGAAGAGGCAAUAGAAAAAGCGAGAACAAUCCAAAUGGCAGAAGUACCCGAGAGACUACAGGAGGCAUGCGUAUCUGAGGUUUCAGUAACUCGGGUGUUAGAAGUCACAGGACUGGUUCAAGAAUUAGAUUCAACGAGGGAGAUGAUUCAGGUGGUACCAGUGGCACUACAAGUUGGCUUAGAGCAAGUCGUGUUCCUGAGUCAAACGGGGCCAGCUCACUUUGCUGAGGAGCCUUUAGAAACAAAACAGCAACGCUUAGUGCACGUUGAACAAGCGGAGAGAACGGUGCCAUCAAGUCCGCCGGUUCAGCCUGAGGUUGUUGUCGAGUCAGCAGAAUCUGUCUCCCAAUGGGAAGGGGAACUGGAGCAGGACGUCUGGUUAGAUGCAGAGGAGGACAUUGGCAAGCAAGAAGGUGCAGAGAAGACUGGGAAUGAACCCCAAGAGUCUGUGCAAAGUCAAUUGGAAGUAUCUCAGGCCGAAGACCAAGAAGAAGUGUUCCUGGAUACAACUGGGCAUGCUCACAUUGAGGAAGAAAGUAGCCCAGAAGAAAUACAAGCAAUAGGAGAAAUACAUGAAUUAGAGAGAGAAGGGGAAGACUUUGCUAUUGCCCUGGAGGAUCCACAAAUUAAGAAUCUAACAGAGACAAGUUUGAUUUGCAAGGAGCUGGACUAAUUCCUCCGAACUCCAAAAUCAAGAAAGGGUGUAACUGCGUGGAAGUUGAAGGCUGUUGACAAAGGAGAAGAACAAGGAAAGGAAAACUGCCGGAAUGGAAAGAGAACUUUAUCAAACUAAUUGUCCGAUAUACUGUUUUGGGGUACAUUUAGAAUUAUUUAUUAGCAUAUUAAUUUCAUUAAUAUAUUCAGCUCUUGCUGUAGAGACAGCUUGUAAACUCGGAAAACCCUCAACGUCAUUCACACAGUACAGGCACCUACAUUCUUAUACUGCGUACUAGAAUUAUUUUACCGGUUGCAUUUUUAUUUAUAUUUGUAACAGCUGAAACAUAUACAUAUUUAGCUGAAGGAACAGUCCUGUGCUUUUAUAGGUAAAACAUUUUAAUUUGCGGUUUUACAUAGUCACUUUGCAAUAAAUCUUUUGUAAUAAUAGGUGGUCCAAAUGAAUGUGAAAUGGUUUUAAAAACAGAAACAAUGCAAUCAAUAUGAAAACAAUCAAACUAUAUAAAAAGCUAAAGUCUGUAUAACAGCCAUUAUAUUUUGAUAUGAGAAGGAUCUAUACAAGUGAAGCCAAAUAGAAGUGGUUAACUGAAAACCAAGGCAAUAAGUAAGUAACUACUCCCAACUAGAUAAACGUAUCCAGGACAACGGUUUCUUGACCAUACUGAUGCAACUGCAUUAACUUUGUACUUAGAUGUUUUUAAAUUUAGACAUUUUGAUAUGAGCGCAAGAUUGCCAGACUGCUAUAUAUGUAUUACCACAAAUGUGUUUAAAUUGCACUGAGCUAAGAUCGCAUACAUAUAUAUUACUAAAGCAAUAUACUACUACAGUAAUAUAUAUAACACUAUUAUCCACAGCGCCUUAACUGUAUUCUACCCAUUCAUGGCACCUUGGCCACCAGUGGCUCAUUUUCAGUAAAGGCAGCUGGUGAUGAGAGAGUUGAAGAAUGAGACAGGAAAUGUGCUUGUAAGAGCAAACAGUAUGUUGCGUAACCAAUAUAUUUAACCUACCUUCCAAUCAGAUUACACAAAAACUAAUGUUUUAAAUAAAAUUACAUGUUUCCAUAUGCACCAGUAUAUUUACAAAUGUGGUCAAAAUGCCACUGCGAUGAUAUUCUAUUUCAAUAAAUGUCUGAAGAAUUUGAA